CCUUAAUCAUUAGAUUUCAUACGAGCGAUAUCAAAUCUGGUUACCAAUAUGUAGAGGCCUUAUGAAAGAACUAUAUGUGGGGAGAGUAAUUGCUUGACGAGAGUGUGCUAAGGAUCAAUCUCGACAUGAUUUCAUCUAAUUCGUGACUUCUCCUGGCAUGGAGUAGCUGUUUACAGCAGUGCUGACCAUUAUUCCCACGUAAACUUCGAACUUGUGUCCUCCAGUCGAUUCAGUGUUUGGAGCAGAAUGGUAGAUGAUUCAAGUGUGAACGUGUAACAGUAUAGCCACAAGUCUUGCUCAACAAGACGUGUUACAAUGGGGGAUGAAGCGAAAGGCGAGAUUGAUGUCACCGUGACGCCCGCCGUGUCUCGUGCUUCGCUUCAGGAACCAGAUGAAGAUGCAGGGAAGUGCGGCUAUGGAGACUGUACACCCAACUGCCUCCAGAGAUUCCAUAAUCCUCCUUGGUUGCUGGCUUCCUUAUGCUUCAUGGUCAUUGUCCAAGGUUUCAUUGUGACUGGUCUGAUGGGUUCCGUCAUCUCCACCCUAGAGCGUCGUUUCAACCUGAGUAGUACACAAACAGGCUUGAUUGCAACAACGUAUGAUAUGUCUGUCGCCCUGGUGUUGAUUCCAGUCACUUAUUACGGCGGUCACCAGCACAAAGGCAAAUGGCUAGCGUACGGCAGUAUAAUAAUGGGUGUUGGCUCCCUUGUGAUGGUUAUUCCCCAGUUUACCACAGACGUCUACAAGAUCGGGUCGUCCCACCUUACAUACUGUUCAGCUUCCUCUGUAAACACGACUGCAAGACCUGAAUGCCUGACCAAUGAAAACUUAAGUGAUUACAUCUACGUGUUCAUCCUGUCUCAGUUCCUGAUUGGUCUCGGUGCCUCGCCAAUGUUUUCACUCACUUUUGUCUAUUUGGAUGAGAACCUGUCAAGUGAUUCGUCGGCACUGUAUAUAGGGAUUUACUACGCUGUGAGUAUCUUGGGUCCAGCGCUUGGUUUCCUUCUCGGUGGUUACUUCCUCAAUACAUAUGGAGAUGUCGGAUUUGUAGAUGUCACCAGCCUAGCUAUUACAAAAGAUGACCCACAAUGGUAUGGAGCAUGGUGGAUAGGCUAUAUCCUUUGUGGCAUCCUGGCCUUGAUUGCGGCAUUCCCACUCUUCUGUUAUGCUCGGGAAUUACCAGGCGCAGCAGCGAGGCGGCACAAAAGCUAUAAAGAAACUGAUGAACACUCUAAUGAAUCUGGUUUUGGGACCAGCUUAAAAGACCUCCCAGCAGCUUUAAAAAACAUUUUCCAAAUACCGACAUUUGUGUUAUUAGCACUCUGUGAUAGUCUCGAGGCUUUAGCGGUUGCUGGGGCUGCCACGUUUAUGCCAAAGUACCUCGAGACCCAGUAUGGACUGAGUUCAGGUUUAGCUUCUAUAGUAGCAGGUGGUGUCAUGAUCCCUGCAGGAGGUGGCGGUGCCAUCCUUGGCGGCAUCAUCAUCAAGAAGUGGAAACUUGGAUGCAGCAGCAUCAUGAAGGGCUGCAUCGUUGCCCUCACACUCUCAUCAUUCUUCACCAUCGCUGUCCUGGCUAGCUGUCCCAAUAGAGACAUUGCUGGUGUAACUGUGCCAUAUUUUACAAAUACCUCCUUGACAACGAUAAGUAGUUGCAAUGCAGACUGCAAUUGUAGAUUUUACGCCUACGAUCCAGUCUGUGCCGACGAAAGGAUAGAGUACCUGACUCCUUGCUUUGCUGGUUGCACCAACUUCACAGGUCAGACGCAAUCCUGUCGUUGUACCGAGGGCACCAACCAGAUAUUAAAGUAUGGGGCGUGUCCAGCAACUUGUACAUUCCUGCCACUCUUCCUAACUGCUCUCUUCUUCAUCAUAUUCUUUGGCUUCUGCGCUUCAACACCAACCGUCCAGGCAACUUUAAGGUGUGUUCCAUUCAAGCAGAGGUCUUUAGCGACAGGCGUGUCUUGGAUCUUCGUCCGAUGUCUUGGUGCCAUUCCCAGCCCAUUGAUAUUUGGGGCCCUGCUAGAUGGUGUCUGCCUUAAAUGGGGGGAGCACUGUGGAGAGAAAACGUCAUGUCAGAUCUACGCCAAUGAACAAGCGAGCUAUCGUGUUGUCAUUGGAGUCCUCAGUUGUAAGGUCAUGGCCGUCCUCUUCAUGGUGUUGGCAUGGAAAAUGUACCGACCGCCUCAAGAUGCUGAACCACUCGAGAAUCAUGUCUACCUGGAAGCAAAGGGGGAGACAAAUAUGGCACUUGACAUGGAUGGGACAGCUCCCAAUGGGGAUGUGAACUCUAUGGUGAAAUUAGAUAGCACUGGAUCUAAUGGUGGUCCAGUGUCCAGUCGUUUGUAAAAUGUAUAAUGUGAUUCCUUUAGAACUUGUGUAUUGGGACCAAUAAUGUGAUGUUGCAUUGUGCGUUAAUUGUGUCAUGAAAUAGUUUCUUUAUUACUUAUACAGACUUGAAAAAAAUAAUACAUUGAUUUAUGAAUAUUUCUGAAAAAUAAUGUUGUACAAAGCACCUACUUUUUGAUUCUGUCCAUUGCCCGUGCCAUGUUUUGUCAAUAAAUGUCCAAUCUUAUUUGUAAAUAUUCUAUUUAAUAAAUUAUCUGUUU